AUGGCGUUGUUGAAAGACCUUUUGAAUCAAGAUGACUCGAAACAUUAUAUGUCUUCGCCAGGCAGCGAAGAUGAUCGUGAAAGAUGGGCUGACUCGUCCGUAGGGAGUUCAAGCAGUUCUCCUAGUACGGCAUCGGAGAUAUACGAAAGCGACGAGAAUACAAAGCUAGCAUGCAAAUGGGACAAUUGUGGCCGGAAAUUUGCUCAGGCUGAAGAACUGUACCACCAUCUGUGCCAGGACCAUGUGGGCCGGAAAUCGAAGAAGAACUUGCAACUGAACUGUCAGUGGGGCACCUGUGCGAUAAAAACGGUUAAGAGAGACCAUAUCACAUCGCAUUUACGCGUUCAUGUGCCUCUCAAGCCGUUUGCGUGCUCCACGUGCCACAAGAAGUUCAAAAGGCCCCAGGAUCUCAAAAAACAUCUGAAAGUGCAUUUGGAUGACGUUUCGGGUGCCGCAGCGGGUCCGCGCGCGCGAAUUACCGACAAGCGUGUUACCAAGGAGCAAGCGGACCGGAAACAACUGCGGCUGCCACCGAUCUCGCUGGAAACGUUCGUGACAAACGAAAUGCAAAACUACAGUCCGGUUUACACCCCGCAGCUGGGAGAACGGCUCCAGACCGUCUUACCAUCUCCUGCCUCAGUUUUGGGUGUUGACACUCAACCUACGCUCAUUGCGUCGCCGGGUUCUCCGGAGGUGCGGUCUGCGGCGGCCUUUUUCAGCACUUUGUCUAGCGAUAUGACCAGAAGACUUCCUCGUUUGCCACAGCUCGCUGGGCUCACCAACACUUCGCCUACAGUCCCACAUCGAUACCCAAGUAUUCAACUGCCCUCGAUUCAGAGUGCGUUUGGUCCAUCUCCUGCUGGCUACGGGGGCUACGCAAGUUCGCCUGUGAUUUCUCCCAGACCAGACACUGCCGUACGGUACAUGGGGCGCAAUUUUAACGCGAAUUUCAGUCUACAUCAAAGAAACGCUGGAUCCGAACGCACUUCUACCGUUGAACUUGCCAAAGCGAUGUCUUCGCUUACUGUCAACGAUGGUGAUGAUGAAUUCGCUGCUGUUCUAGAGAGGGUGAAUAUCAUCAAGGACUACUUGAUGUGUGUUCUCUUGGAAGAAGAGUAUGAAAAUGAAGACGACGAAGACGAUGGGGCAGACAACACUGCUGUUUCCGAUUACAGAGGUUACGAUAUUUCGAGGCCAAAGGUACUGACUACUUACCCGUCUGUUAUCGUUUAA